GUUUUCUUUCUUGACCUGGUGGUAUCGUUAGAGUUAACGUUGAGCUGCAGCCACCAUCCCGUCGACUCACUGGUGUCAGCGCGUGGGUGAAUCUACGCCAAGUCAUUCAAGGCAAUUCCCCAAUUUGGUUGCCAAUCUAAACAACAAAAAGCGAACACGUUUUAUCUACAGGCGGCCAGGUUGCGCCUGCGCUGUUCUCCCAAGGCCAGCUUGAGGUAUGUUGCUUUGCUUGGAAACCAGCAGCUUCUGCAAAGAGCAGAGUCGCAGGCAAAGUGGAUCAGAGCAAUUCACAAGGACAAGACGACCCGACAGUCCAAAGGCCGUGGUGCACAUUGGGCCCCAAAACUGGUGAAAUGCGCCCGUUUCCGCCCGUUCUAUGAACGAAUACCAGUUUUGUCCGACGUUUCGGAUGAUCUCCCACAGCCAGGUCCACGUAUUGAGAUGAUCUAUUUUUGGCAAUGGCGAAGGCUCUGUUUCCACGGGCCUGGGUGAAAAAGUCUUUCUACUUCCAGGCUCGGGUCUCCUUUGUACGGGUAAAGUACCUGUUCCUUACAUGGCUGACUGUGCUGGUUGGGAGCUGGGUGCUCUACGUGCAAUACUCCGCCUAUACAGAGCUGUGCAGAGGACACGAGUGCAAGAACGCCAUUUGUGACAACUACAGGAAGGGAAUCAUCGACGGUUCGGCCUGCAGCAGCCUGUGCGACAAAGACACGCUUUACAUGAGUCGGUGUCUGUCAACACUGCCCAACAACCAAGUGUACACGGGAAGCUGGGGAGACCACGAUGGGAUCAUCCGCUGCAAAUUGGGGGAGGUCACGCACUACGAGCUGGGCGAGGAGCCGGAGCCGCGGAGAGAAGCCCCCGUGUUCGAUAAGCCCACCAGAGGCACAUCGGUGGAGAAGUUCAGAGAGAUGGUCUUCAAUCACCUCAAGGCCAAGCUCGGACAGCAGGCCAAUCUCGCCGGCCUCGUCGGCCAGAUCCUCUCCGUUGCCGAUGGCAACAAAGACGGACGAGUGUCGCUGCCAGAAGCUCGUUCCACGUGGGCCCUCCUGCAGAUGGAUGAGGUGCUGCUGGGUCUGCUGCUCCAGGACCGUGGACACACCCCUCGCCUCCUUGGCUACUGCGGAGACCUGUACAUGACGGAGCGAGUCCCCUACGGGCCCCUGUACGGCCUGUCUCUGCCCUGGCCGCUGGCCGGGUGGGUGCCGAGCGGCGUGCAGCGCACCGUGGACCAGUGGUUCACCCCCUCGUGGCCCCGAAAGGCCAAGAUCUCCAUGGGCCUCCUGGAGCUGGUGGAGGACCUCUUCCACGGGACCUACGGCAGCUUCCUGAUCUGCGACUUCGCCGCGGCGCACUUCGGUUACACCGACCGCCACGAGCUCCGUCUGACCAACGGCGGCGCGGUGGUUCCCGAGGACGCGUUCCGGCGCACCAUGCGGGCGCUGAAGUGCGAGGGCGACGCCGACUGCGUGUACGGGGUCGACUGCCAGACGUCCUGCGACGUGGCGGAAAAGCGCUGCGGGGGGGAGCCGCUUCGGCCAAACCUGGCGAAGGCGUGCGACGCGCUGAAGGACUACCUCCUGCGCGGGGCGCCGUCGGGCCUGAGGGAGGAGCUGGAGAGGCAGCUCUACGCCUGCAGGGCUCUGAAGGGAAACGCCGGCCAGAUGAACAUGGAACACUCGCUUAUUCUCAACAACUUGAAAGCUCUGCUGUGGAGACAGAUCUCACACACUAAAGACUCGUGACGAGGCGAGGGAGGUCCUCGCCACGUCUCCUACACGUGAAGCUGAGUAUUGAAGAUGCUAGUACUUUAUAAUCGGCGCUUAACGCUUGUGGGUGAUCAGACUGACGGAGACUCUGCAUCCUCUAUUAACCGAACGGUUGCAUGUUGCCACGUUAGAUCUCAUUAGCCACAGCAGCGCGUCACUGCUGAUGAGACUUGUGAAAACAGAUUUCCACGCUGCAGUUUUCUCACACAAAAUCACGCAGAUGCGUUUUGAGAUUUAGUUGCGCAAAACUGGUUGAAAGUAGGAACAGUGCACUAUUUUAAGAUGGGCUCCUUGAUACGAUUUCACAGUUGAUCCUGAGCGUCAUACCAUAAUAAGGCCAUGUACAAUUUAAGGAUCCGUCAGUUGACAUUCUUUACUACACCGAAACCUGUUGGUUUGUCUGCUUUUGGAGUGGUACUCGUGGCAGUCUGUUGCACUCGGUCCUUAACCCGUCGGUGCCUACUGAGGUAAACAUCCUACAGAACAAGUCACACAAUUUCUGCUUUUGGGAAGAAAAGGUUACUCAAACCGAUAGUGCAGAUUAUUGCACAAUUGGUGAACUGAUUUAGAGGACAUAGUGGUAAUUACUCAAAAAAUAAACUACAGAGCCCCUUUUUAUGACACAAUAUUUUCCGUAUAGAUCUUCACGUUGAACCCGUAGCAGACAAGAUACAUCAAAAGGGAAAUAAAGCGCCUGUGUACAAGGAGCAUAGAAACUUUACCUUUGUCCCUCAUCGACAUAAUAGUGAUGGUAUUUGGCUGUAUUCCACAAGCUUAGUCUUAAUGUACAUUUCCUCUUGUACUACUGCUGUCAAUGCUGCAUCAACGACAAGGAAUAUGAAUCCACUUCAUUUGGUUUAUGAAUGUUAUAUUGCAUUUCACUGAGAAUUUGUUGUAAUGUGCUGUAUGUGUCUCAGUGCCAUAGAGAUCCAGCUGAAAUCAUCUGAUUGUUCACCAAGUGGAGAUUUUUUUUCUCAUAAGACCACGUGAGGGGUGUGCAGUUUGUUUAGUUUUUACUUUGAUAAUGUAUACAAUGACAUUGUUUGAAAACAAGUUAGCCUAUUGAAGACCAGCAUGAUUUUGCACAAUUAAACUUCACUUCACU